AGUUCCAUUAAUGGAGCCAGGCAUGGAAGUACUAAGAAGUACCAAACAACUCUUGAAACUGCCCAUUUCCUAAGCCUGUACAGUGUACAACAGUAUCUCCCAAUAUCUGGGAAUUCAUACCAAGUAUAGUCCGUCAUCCCAGUCGUUUUACAUGGCUGUGGUUCCGAUAUGCUGCAAAAUGCCUUGUAAAGACCAAAGUGACAUGUUGAGUAGAUGGAAUAUGUCAAGAGAAGGGAAUGCACCAAGAAGAUUACUUUGUUAUGGAGGUUCUUUGCCACUCAGGAGCAUAACUGAAGUAACUGUCCAUCUAAGAUCCAUUUCAGACAAUGAUUCACAUAGAGAAACAUUUUCAACGGUUUGGUAUGCAUCAGAGUCCAGUAAUAGUGAGAAGCAGCUGAGAUCAUUGGACUCCUAUCUCGGAAAACUCCAAGGUGAUGCAAAUCUGUCACCUUCAGAUGCUUCAAACAGGACAGAGCAGCUGAGCUCAUUAGACACUUAUUUUGGAAAACUCCAAGAUGAUGCAAAUCUGUCUCCUUCAAAUACUUCAAACAAGACAAGGCAGUUGCAUGGUAGACAUGAUGAAUUCAGAUCAAAGAAGUGGUUGAAUUCUCUCAACACCUAUCUUGGCAAACUUAAUACAGCUACUUUUGUUGAGCAUACUGCCAAAGGCAAUCAAGUAGAAAAACAAGUCCCUGACAGUGAAAAUUCCAAAAGAGGUAAUGAGGAGGAAUGGAAGAUUUACAAGGAAGUAAGAAAUAGAGAUGGUGAAAGUUCCCAAGAUUUACAGCAGUUUGAUGAAACAUCCAAUCUGUACUUAAUAGGUACAUUGGUUUCUAUAAACAUUGCAGUUUUCCUGUUUGAGAUGGCAAGUCCGAUAAGGAACUCUGACUUAGAGCUCUUCUCUCUCCCAUUAUUAUAUGGAGCAAAAAUAAAUCAUUUGAUCUUGGUUGGAGAAUGGUGGAGGCUGGUGACACCAAUGUUUCUGCACUCAGGACUUCUUCACAUGGCUCUUGGUUGUUGGGGGCUCCUUACAUUUGGGCCUCCAGUUUGCAGAGGCUAUGGCUCGUUUACAUUUUUCUUGAUCUAUAUACUUGGUGGAAUUUCUGGCAACUUGAUGAGCUUCCUUCACACACCAGAGCUGACUGUUGGUGGGACAGGACCAGUGUUUGCCAUAAUAGGAGCUUGGCUGGUUUAUCAACUCCAAAACAAAGAUGUAACUGCAAAAGAUGUUCCAGAUAGUAUUUUCCAGAAGGGGAUGAUUAUUACUGCUCUUGGCUUCAUAUUAAGCAAUUUUGGUCCAAUUGAUGACUGGACACAUUUUGGAGCAGCUUUUACUGGUAUAGCAUAUGGGUUUUUAACAUGCCCAACGCUUCAGUUGGAUGAUGCAUCUUCGAGAAGUGGUCAAGAAGAAGGAAUCACACUUGUUAGAAGAUACUCUGAUCCUUGUAAAUCACUUCUUUUCUUCACCAUCUUCAUUCUUGUUUUGAGCUCUUUGCUUUUCUUUAUUGAACCUCCUCUCAACGCCCUUGAAUUUGUCAGUUUCGCAUAGAUUUGUGGAAAUACGACGCAACAUAUAUAUGUGUAUCAAUAGUAGUGUUUUAUAAUCUCUUGUAUCAUGUAAGAGGGCCAUUCUUGGUCGGAAAUAAAGACAAGUAUAUAUAUGUAAAUGAAGAAUAAAUGUCUUCUUCUUUUUUCCCUGUA